UCAUAAAUGAAUCAAUGACCGUUGUGGGUUUAUGAAAGACAGUGUGGCAGUGACUUGCAAUACAAGGCUUCUCUACUUCUUAUAAUACUUGUAACCCAAAGAUUUAUCCACCACUCAGAUGAGGACACCCAAAGCUUUGCUCAUGAAAUAUGGAAUACACAAACCACACCAUACCAUUACUUCUCUUAAAAACCAUUCUCAGUACAUUCGCCUCCUCAAUUCAUGCAAGAACUUCGAGUCCCUGCUUCAAAUCCAUGGCCAUUUGGUAGUUUCAGGCCUUAGAGAAGACAGUUCCAUACUGACGCAUCUUAUCAAUGCCUAUUCUUUUUUCCAUAAAUGUGAUAUAUCUCGUUUGGUAUUCGAUUCUAUGCCAAACCCAACUAUUAUUUUGUGGAACUCUAUGAUCAGAGCUUACACAAUGUCAAAAAGAUAUAAAGAUGCUCUUGAAAUGUAUCAUUGUAUGUUAGAUGAAGGCUUAGAACCAGAUAAAUAUACUUUUAAUUUUGUUGUGAAGGCUUGUACCGGUGCUUUAAAUUUACAAGAGGGUAUUCUAAUCCACCGUGAAAUAGUUCGUAGGAAUUUAGAAUCGGAUGUAUUUAUUGGGACAAGUUUAAUCGACUUCUAUUGCAAAACAGGGGAACUAAGCUUUGCACGCGAAGUGUUUGAUGGAUUGCCUCGAAAGGAUGGUGUGGCUUGUAAUGCAAUGAUUGCUGGGUUUUCGCAGAGCUCAGAUCCUAGCAAGGCAUUAGUAUUUUUCCGGAGCAUGCAAUUCUUGGGGUUGGAGCCAAACUCAGUGAGCUUGUUGAACUUGGUCCCAGCUGUUUGCCGACUAGGGGAUUUUGAUUCUUGUAGGUCUAUUCAUGGUUACGCUGUUAAGAGGGACUUUGGAACUGCAGUUUCAAAUGGGCUGAUUGAUAUGUACUCCAAAUGUGGAAGUGUUAACGUUGCUUUACGGGUUUUCAAUGCAAUGCAUAACUGUGAUGACAUCUCAUGGGGUACACUGAUGGCUGGGUUGGUCUGUAACAGGCGAUUCUUCGAGGUUUUGGAGUUGUUUGAAUGCAUGAAAUUUCAGAAUCUUAAGUUGAAUAAGGUAUCAGUCAUUAGUGCUCUUUUGGCUGCAGCUGAGCUAAGAGAUUUAGAGAAAGGAAAGGAGGUCCACAAUUUUGCUCUACAAGAAGAAAUCCAUUCAGAUAUUUUGGUCAUCACUCCUAUAAUAACAAUGUAUGCCAAGUGUGGACAAAUCGAGAAGGCUAAAGAACUUUUUGACAAGCUUCAGGAAAAAGAUUUGAUUGCUCUCUCUGCACUAUUGUCUGCUUUUCUUCAGUCGGGGUAUUAUGAAGAGGUUUUAUCAUUGUUUCGAGAUUGUCGUACUGAAAAUUUGACACCAGAUGGGGUAACCCUUUCAACUGUACUUUCAGCAUGUGUAGAAGUAUCAUCUGUGAAAUUAGGUAAGAGCAUACACUGCUAUGCUGUUAAGGCCAAUAUUGAUUGUGAUAUCUCAAUAGGAACAGCCCUUGUGUCCAUGUAUGCUAAAUGUGGAUUCUUCACUUCUGCAUUGAUCCUAUUCGAUAGGAUGCCAUCUAAAGAUAUUGUCACGUGGAAUGCUUUGAUAAAUGCAUAUACCCAGAAUGGGGAACCAUAUCAUGCUGUGGAAAUGUUUCGUAAUUUACAGUUGUCUGGAAUACAGCCAGAUGCAGGAACUAUGGUAGGUUUGAUUCCAGCAUGUACCGUAUGGAAUGACUUAGAUCAAGGUGCUUGCAUCCAUGGGAAAAUCAUAAAGAGUGGCCUUGAAUCUGACAGUCACGUACAAAAUUCUCUUAUUGGGAUGUAUGCGAAGUGUGGAAGUCUGUCUUCAGCUGCUUGUUUAUUCAACAGAAUCCAGUCAAUGAAGGAUGAAGUUUCAUGGAAUGUUAUAAUUGCUGGGUAUGCACAGAGCGGGUAUGCAAAAGAAGCUAUCUCUGCCUUUCAUCAGAUGAAGUUGGAGAGCCUGAGGCCGAAUUCAGUAACAAUUGUGAGCGUUCUUCCUGCAGUUGCUUACCUUUCAGCCUUAAGUGAAGGCGUUGCAAUUCAUGCCUAUAUAACCAAGAUGGGAUUUUUGUCAAACACACUUGUCAGAAAUAGUCUCAUUGAUAUGUAUGCUAAAUGUGGCCUGCUAGAUUUUUCAGAGAGAUGUUUUAAUGAAAUGGAACAAAAAGAUAAUGUUUCAUUCAAUGUAAUGCUUGCAGGAUAUGCAGUGCAUGGCCGAGGAAAUUGUGCAGUUUCACUUUUUUCUCUCAUGCAGGAAAGUUAUGUCCAAGUUGAUAAACUCUCUUUUAUCAGUGUUUUAUCUGCUUGCAGACACUCUGGUUUAGUAAAAGAAGGCAGGAAAAUCUUUCAGUCGAUGCACCAAAAGCAUCUUCUUGACCCAAAUUUAGAACAUUAUGCUUGCAUGGUAGAUCUUUUAGGUCGUGCUGGAUUAUUUGAUGAGGCACUAAAUUUAAUAAGUACAAUGCCUAUGGAGCCAGAUGCUGGAGUUUGGGGAGCUUUGUUGGGAGCAUGUAGAAUUCAUUCUAAUGCGAAGUUAGGAGAAGUUGCCCUGAAUAACCUUGUUAAAUUUGAGCCCGGAAACCUCACUAAUUAUAUUGUUUUAUCAAAUAUAUAUACUCAAUCUGGUAGAUGGCGUGAUGCUGACAAGAUAAAUGUUAUGAUAAAAGACUCAGGUUUGAAGAAAACUCCGGGAUGCACAUGGGUUGAGAUUAAAAACAAGCUCCAUACAUUUCGAGUGGGCGAUCAAAGCCACCCACAGUUUGAGAGUAUGUGUUUUCUUUGGAACAAAUUGCUUGAGAAGAUGGAGAAUUUGGGCUAUGUUCCUGACAGAAGUUGUGUGCUACAGAAUGUGGAGGAAGAGGAUAAGGAUUUGUUUCUUUACAAUCAUAGUGAAAGGUUAGCCAUAACAUUUGCUCUUCUCAACACAGAACCUGGGUCUACCAUCCACUUAGUUAAAAAUCUUCGUGUCUGUGUGGAUUGCCACUCUGCUACCAAGUAUAUUACAAAAGUCACAAACCGUUCAAUCAUUGUGAGAGAUGCCAUUCGUUUUCAUCAUUUUGAAGAUGGUAUCUGCUCAUGCAAGGAUUAUUGGUAAGUUUGGUGGAAAAGUAUGAAUGUUGUCAUCAUUUUCUUCAGAUUGACUUGAACUCUCUCAAGUAUAAUGAGUGCUUGGACCAUGCCUUAGAAAUGUUGAGGAGAAAGAAUAGAAGCUACAGUUUCUUAAACUUAACUUGGAACACAGAAGUGAUGCUUGGGAUGUUUAUUUUACAAUUUAAAUUUCCACACAUAAUACUGGCUUCAAAAUCUGGACAUGGAAGUUAUCGCUAUAUGGAAAGAACCAGAUCGAAAUGACACUGAUUAAGCAACUUCAGUUCAAGGAUGAAAAGCCUACAAGUAUGGCGCUGAAUUUUAUUGCUUUGGAACUGUUGGUCAUUUUAGAGGGAAGCUUUAUGGUUCAAACAAGUCAUGUGGAUGUUUUGUCUUCAUAGUAAAUGCAACAAGAGAUAUCUGCAUGGUGAUGCUAGUAGUACCAAAAAAAGUUUGGUGGUUGCAUAUUUACUAUGAUAGACUGAUUUUGGACCAAGUUAAGAAAGGAAUGAGAUGGGACACAACACUAGAAGGGCCAGUGGUUUUAUUUGGUGAACCAUAUUCUUUUUGUGUGGUAUUAGUUUGUUUAAUAGCGUGGAUAGUCAUAGUAGACGAGACAAGAAAAGAAAGCUCAAACAGAUAAAGAACAAUGUUUUACUUCGCUGUGAUAUAUACAUGCAUGUGCAAAAACUUAAAACUUUUAAUUAUAAUCUCUAUAAAUGAAAUUCAGGUGAUUUCUU